UCCUUUUGACUACUUUUUUAGCAAAGUAAACGCACCACCCAACCAAAUAUAUAGAAUGGAUGGUGGCUACGACACGCCGUCGCCGUCCGAUAUGGCCUUCGUUCCGGCAUGCCCCGAUGGCGAAGCUUCUAAAUUCCUUGCCAACCUGCCCUCUCGGGGCCACCUCUCAUCCACCGUCGUCUCCACUAACCAGGGAGGGAUGCGGGUUUACAUUUGUGACCAUGAUACAUCACCUCCAGAGGACCAGGUUAUAAGGACAAACCAAACGAAUAUUUUGAUAAGGUCUCUUCUGCUUAAGAAUCCAAAGGGUGAGUCCAAUUCAAAAGAUGGAAAAGGUACCGCUGCGAUUCAUGGUUCCAGAAAAAGAGCUGCUGAAAAGCCCUUGGAAAAUAAAGCUGCACUGAAGAAGACCAAUUCCAGCAAUCAGCUUAGUUCUUCUCUAGAUCUGCAGAGUUUGACAGUAGAGAAACUCCGUGCUGCACUUAGGGAGAAGGGGCUUUCAGCAAAGGGGAGAAAGGAUGAGUUAAUUGCUCGAUUGCGAGGUGCAAGAUGAUGAUGAUGAUACGAGUGUGGGAGUGAGGGGAAAGACGUAGCUUAAGCAGUGGUGAUGGUUCGCAUCAAGUGGUCGGUACGAGCAGUCCUCCAGCUCAUCAACUCAGGCAAUUAAGCAUUAAAAUGGUGGUUAGUUUGUUUGUUUGUUGUAGAUAUGUAUGUGUAGUAAGUAAUAAUACUCCAUGGUUUGGAAGCAAUGAAUUAGUUUUGAAGUAUAGUUGGGGUGUGAUAAUUGGUCUGGUCUGGUCUGGUCUGGUCUGGUGAUAAUGUUUAAGACAAUUGAAUUGAAGUGAAGUGUGUGAAUGCACGUGUUUGUC